AUGGAUGCGGUACGACCUAGAUGGCUCGAUCAUACCCGAUCUUCACCUUGGCUAGAUCGAGUGGCGGUGCUACUUCGGCCCCGCCUAACUGUUGGCUACGUGCUCUGCUCCUUAGUAGCAUUGUACGUCCUGUACUGUUACAUUGUCUGGUCCCCUCUUUUCGCUUCGAAGCUGCCAGGCUAUACCGGUCCUCAUGAAGUCGGCGCUAUUGAUGUGGAAGUGCCUGUUCAGCUACCACGGAGAAUCAAUGAUACUACUUUCUUGAAGAAUGGCGAACCGGCUUUCCAGCUUGAUACAGUGCUCUUCACGCUCUACUAUCCUGCCGUGAAAGGCGCGAGGAGCUACAAAGCAAGGCACAGAUGGUUCCCUAAACCUAUCAGCCUUAUUGCAGAAGGCUACGCUACAGCAGCACAUUUCAACAACGCUUUUUCGCGGUCGCUCUUUACGCUUGCGCUCUGGGGUCUUGCUGGAAGUAUCGAUAUUCCAGCGAAGGUUGAUGUUCCUUUACUGCAGCCCUCGGAAAAGGAUAGCGAGUCCGACCAAUUUCCCAUUAUCGUAAUGUCGCACGGUGAUGUAAGCUCGCGAACAGACUACACAGCCUAUUGCGGUGAGCUUGCCAGUCGCGGCAUUGUUGUGGCGGCGAUUGAACAUCGAGAUGGCUCUUGCCCCGGCUCGGUAGUGCAUCUUCCGAAUGGAACUAGGAAUGUUGUGCUAUUCAGAGCGGACCAGUUGCGAACUGAGACAUCAGAGACUGGUCUGUCGAACGAUGACUGGAGGUUCCAGAAGCUCGCAUAUCGUGACGCAGAGAUCGAGGAGACAAUCUACGUACUGCAGAAUCUUAAUCGCGGUGAAGGCGAUCUGGUCUUUACCAAAAAUCACCGCCACGAGGGCAGUGAGCUCAAGGCAUGGAAGAAGCGACUAGAUCUGUCACACGUCGUCAUCGCAGGCCACAGUUUUGGCGCAACAGGCGCAAUGCAGGCACUCAAGAGCGCCAACAAGACCUCCAGCGGAAACUCUAACUUCGUCAAUCCAGCUAUCGGCGGCAUCAUACUGGACCCGGGAAAGGAAUCUGGACGCCUGAACACGGACAUUGACGUGCCGCUUCUGAUCGUACAUUCCGACUCCUGGUCCAAAGCCCGUACCAUCUUCUACGGACGUCCGCACUUUGAUACCGUGCGUGACAUCGCAAAGGACGUUCUUGUGAGAAUUGGCCGGACAUGGUUCAUGACGAGUCUGAAGACCAGCCAUCCUAGUAUCACUGAUGCACCUCUAAUAGAGCCUUUGUUGCUGUCUUGGACUACAGGCGCAACGAUUAAUGUUAAGGAAGGCCUGAGGGAGUAUGUCCGAGUCAGUACGGAAUACCUGGCAUUCCUCAAAGAUGGCAGCAGGAAGGGUGUGCUGGAAAUUGGUGUUACGCACGCAUCUUAUGGAAACGAUACGAGGACGGACGAACAGAAGAAGCGAAUCGACAAAGAUAUAAUGAAGUACUGGGAAGUUCAUGUUGCCCCGCCAAUGCCACAUUUUGCAACUGAUGAGAAGGCGUAA